GAUUGACAGGUUGGCGUUAUCCAUAUUUUUGUUGUUACAACUUUAACCCUUUCUCAGUGUGUUUUCUGUUGAUGAAAGUUAAUAGGAACCUUUUUGGUCACCUAGAAAUAUCUUAUUCAGUGUUCAGAGCUCCACUCUCAUGUCACUUCUGGUUUAAAAAAAAACAAGAUGGCGACGGCUAAAAGGCCGAACUCGAGGAUUCAAAAGGACAGUCCACAAACCAAUAGGCGACCUACUGGAGACGCUGAUGUAGCUCAACAUCAUGAGAUCUCACCGUAUCAUCAGACUAACAGAUAUGUUGCCUUUAUAUAUCACCAGGACGGUCCUGGAGGGCUGUGGGACUCCGUGAAGAAAGCUGCGUUUGUCAUCGGAUCUGGAAUCUUAUUCUUGGCUGCAUUUGGCAACUCGCUGACAUGGCAUCUUCAGAGGUUCUGGGGAGCUUCAGGAGAUUUCUGGCAGGACAUGUGGACCAAGCUGCACGUGAUGUUUGAGGGUCAUCACACUACUUUGUUCUACUUAGGGGCAAUGCUGGUCCCCACGCUGGCGUUCUGGGGGACCAAUGCUCUGCUGAUGCUGGUGGACACCACCGGUAAACCCGCCUUCAUCACUCGCUACCGCAUCCAGGUGGACAAGAAUAACCCGGUGGAUAAAGUAAAGCUUAUCCAUGCGGUGAAGACUGUCAUGUUCAACCACGUCUUCAUCUCGGGGCCCAUGGUGGUGGUGGCUUUCUACCUGAUGACCUGGAGAGGGGACCCCUGUGACCCUGAGCUGCCCACCUUCCACCGGGCCCUGAUGGAGCUGGCUUUCUUCUCCAUCUUGGAGGAAAUCAUUUUCUACUAUUCUCACAGGCUGUUCCACCAUCCCACCCUCUACAAGCGUUUCCACAAACAGCACCACGAGUGGACCGCUCCCAUUGGACUCGUAUCCAUAUACGCUCAUCCUCUGGAGCAUAUAAUCUCCAACAUGGGGCCGGUGGCAUUGGGGCCGGUGAUCCUGGCCUCCCACCUGACCACCACCUGCAUGUGGUACUGCUUGGCUCUGAUCAGCACCACCAUCUCCCACUGUGGAUACCACCUCCCCUUCCUACCCUCCCCCGAGUUCCACGACUUCCACCACCUCAGGUUCAACCAGUGUUUCGGGGUCUUCGGAGUGCUGGAUCGGCUCCACGGCACCGACGCUAAAUUCAGGCAGACCAAGCAGUACGAACGCCACUCGCUGCUCACCAGUCUCACCCCAAUGAACGAGAGCAUACCCGACACGCCCAAGAAGGGCCAUUGAUGACAUGUGACCAAUGAGACCGUUAACUUCAGGAUCAUAUCGGGAGAUACGGUUCUCCGUCUGAAAUGACUAUUAGAUUUUAAUCAUUGUAAUCCAGACAACCCGCUGACCGGUAUCCGACUGUGAAAGUCGACACUCUGCGGCCACCAACCGCACUCUUUAUUUUUCAGGUAGAAAUGUUGCACUUUAUUAGACAUGCAGAUUCCUGAUAAGGUCGAUGUAAGAAUUUGGAUGGUUGAGUGUGAAAACAACUCAUUUCUCUUUAAUGCACUCUGCAUUAACCUCCCUCCUCAGGUGAAGGAGCCAUGUUCUGCCCUCAUACACCUUCAGUUAGUUAGUGCUCGCUACCCAUAAAACCUUCUGUUUUUAGGCCUUUUUUUUGCCUGUACCAAUUCAUUGUCACUCGUAUCAUCCUUACCUGGUUAAACUAAUGACAUGUUCUUAGUUUAAACAUUAGUAGUGUCCAUUAUAAACACAUGCACAUUAAUCUUAAGUCAUGUUUUAAUUCUUAUAAACACAUCUUGUAUUUAGAAGUAAUGUUUAGUAACAGCUUACUUCUUCUGUUGCGUUCACUUGCUGCUCAGAUACAUUUGCACUUUUCCUCUGCGGCAUUAAAACAUAUCCUUGAAUGUAAAAUGUGUUUUUAUGUAUUUCAGGAGGCCUUAGUAAUUGUAUAAUUGUUGUAUAAUAAGACAUGAAUGUUGAAAAAUGACUGCUACUGUGAUUGAAACAAUAUUACAGGAGUGUUUAAUAUUAAAGCAUUUUAAUUUAAAUUGA